AGUUAGUUUGCAGGUGCGCAGUAGUAUAGGCGUGAAGGUGUCUAACUGGCAAGUUAACAAGAGAGAAAUGAGGGAAGAAAGGGUAGAGAUUGGCGAUGUCAUGCACAUAGAUCUGCGUACAGCAGAAAUUAUGCGCAUUCCACUGAGACCAUUGUGCUGUCAUGAAUGUGGCCCAGUGUGGACUGAAGAUGCUUAUGCUGUGAGACAUUUUAACCACCCAGCAGGGUUCCUGCAGAGCUCACCAACAGGGGUGACAUGCUGCCACCAACAACAUCAUGCCCUGCCAAUGCACUCAGGCCCUUCUUCUGCACGGCACUCAUCGACAGUGAAUUCUGCCCGCACCAGCACUGCCUCGGACCUGCAUGCCGGCCCACAGUUUGCACCUACCUGCCAUGUCCGUCAGUUUGGCCACUGCACACCACACAACCAUCGUUAUCAGCUUUAUCCACCUUUCCUGGUGCAGUCACAACUUUGUAGAGUUGCUCCUGAGCAGAAUGCACUCUCAGGAUGACCAUCAUAUGUUCACAUUGCAAAUUAUGCGCCUAGGCAACUGCAGGGCAAACAUGCAUCCAUCAGGCGGCAGAUAGUACUGGAAGAAUGACAUAAUUGGAUCGAGGAAUUGUCCACCCCUGGUCCACAUGGAUGUAAUUCGUGGGUCCUCACAGGGGCCUGUCCUACAUCACCACGACACCAUCCUAAUACCAGCAACAGAGGGAGGUGAGAAUACACGCCAAUAGCCACUGCAACAUAUAAUUUUCUAAUUACUAAAAUACAAGCUAAUAUCUGAAUAUGAAAUUGGUUAUACAUCCUUUGAAGAUGGGAUGUAGUUGAAGUACAGUAACAGCGAAGCAAUGUCUUCAUCUUCAUCUUCAUCUUUAUUAACAUCCGUAAC